AUGGCGGCUGUGGAAGCAAACACGAGUGGUGGUGCUGGUGGUGGGGAGCCGCUCAACCUCUCCCCAAGGACCAGGGCCGACAUGGGACAGUCGAUGCAGUCGAACAAUCCACUCGAGUCGCUAAAUAUGCGAGCCGACCCAGAUGCGCAAGCAACCGUAACGGACUACCUAGACUUCACCGAAUACCUCCCUUCUGACAUGAUGCGAUCCCUUACUCUCAUAGGGAAGCUCGACCAGACCUACAUCGAUGCAUCUUCCAACAUGAACAAGCUCACGUCGCAAUGGGGAAAGCUCCCUACACUGCGUGCAGACCAGCGACCCGCUCCAGUGCAGCUACGGGCUGACAUAUCUGAGAAUCUCGACCAGCUUAUGAGCUCUCGGAUAUCUGCCUACGCCGAAGCCUGUCGCAUGGACGAACACGUGAACAGGCACGUGAAUAGAGUCAAAACCAUACUAUCGAAGCUCCAGACUAUGCGAGAUAAUUUCUCUACAGAAGAACAGAAAAGUCCAGUGCAAACCAAGUCACCACAGUUGAGUCGAGCACCCAAGAUCACCCUGCGCGUGGAGAAAGACGGCCAGACUGUUCGCCGGCCACCUAGGAUCACCGUCCCUGGCGAGGUCCUAGCUCCAUACGAUGUAGACUUCACUGCGUAUACCUCAUCAAAUGAGCAGAGCUCCGACGAGGAGAGUUCGGCGUCCCCUCCUCCGCGUCAAACGGCGACUCCAGCACCUCGUAUCAAAGUCGUCAAACCACCCAAGCUUCCGAAACAGAAACUCCCCAAAACACCCAGGGCCCCUCGCCCCUCACUCGUCACUCCGGGCGGCGUUGCCUUGUCGACGAGUACUGCUCUCGCACAGCUCAAGCCGCCCCCGGAAAAUGCUGUCCCCGGCAGCGUCGAUGCCCCUUGGCUGCAGCUGACACCUUACGAGCUGGCGAAACUGCGGAAGCGGAUGAAGAAGAACGCAGUUUGGACCCCGAGCGACACUAUGAUUGCUCGGGAACUCAAGGAACUAGGGCGCGGGGUCGAGGCAUAUAGGGCGGCAAAGGAAAAGGCCGAAGAAGAGGGCAGGCCAUUCGAGCCUUUACUUCCUGCGCCUGUCGUCGAUGCAGAAUCAGGUACCCAGCACCCUCCCGCAGGUGCCAUCAGCGCAGAAGCUCUGGGUGCUGAAGAGGUACAGCUUAGCAACCGCGGAAUGAAAUUAAACGAGGCCAAGAAACUAAAGCGAGAAGCGUUGGCAAAACAAGCCGUCGAGGAAGCCGAAGAGUCUGCUAGGAAAAUGGCUGAUUUAGCUGCUCGUAUGUUUUCCAAUCCUGAAGCGAGCCCUUCAGUCGCGGGGAGCAUGCCUGAGAAGACGCAAGAGGCAGGUCCAUCAAACUCCCAAUCAUCCCAAUCUCAGUCUCAAUCUCAACCACAAUCUCAACUUCAAUCUCUACAUCAAGCUCAACCUCAAACUCCAGCUCCGGCUCAAAACCCAGCUCCAGCUUCGGCUCCGCCCCCAGCAUCCGCCCCUGCGGUGCCAGUUCCAACCUCAGCUUCGAACCCCCCAGCCCAGGCGUCGGCGAAGCCUACGGCUCCGACUUUGACUAAGGCUCCGCUUCAAGUUUUAACUGCUCAGACUACAGCUCACCCAGCCACGGCUCCGGUUCCGGUUCCUGCCCUAGGUCAGAUUAAAGGUCCGAGUAAGUCCAGGGUGAAGAAGCGCAAGCUCGACUCCAUGUCUGAAGCCGGUCUUCCUGAGAUCAAGUCCGAGGUUACGGAAAAUCUCACUUCGAUGCCAACUGAAAUGCCAAAGCCCCAAGUGAAGCGGGCCAAGACAGAGACGCCGGUGCCACCACCGCAACUAACACCGCGACCAAGCUCCGUCCCUCCUCCGAUAGAGACACCUGUUCCUCCGCCCCAAGUAGGCCAGGCCAGUACUGUGCCCGUUGUAACGUCCAACACGCCAGUGCCCGUCCCAGUGCCACCCGCGUCGGAAUCUUCUCAUGUUGCUACGAAGCCCACGAAUUCCCCUGCCUCGAGGACGAGUCCAGCACCACCGGCAACGGUCACAAUUACCACAGUCCCCAUCAAACCGCCAGCAGGAACUCCAGUUCCGCCGCCGCCAGCCAAAACAUCCACUACGCCGAUCCCACCUCCAACGCAAACUUUGCCCAAGCGGGAAAUGAGGAAGGAACAACCAAAAAACCUGCAGCCUAUCGCAACUAAUACAAGACAGUCCACAUCCCGAGCUAAUACUCCUGCUCCUGUGACGACGCCCUCGGAGCCUCAGUCGGCAAAUAGCCGUCGCCCUACAUCUCGUGGUGGCAAGGCGGGGAGUCAAGAGCCGCCUGUCACUUUUGCCGUGGAGAGGCCCCGUCGCGCCAGCACAGCUCGAAACACUCCAGCCCCUGAACCGCGCCAACCAAGUAAGCGAAAUAAACGACCAGCACCUGGCGUUGUGACUACCAACUCUGGCGGGACCAGUGCGGUCGGCACACGCAUGGCAGCGCCACGCAAACGACCAAGGGGACCGAAGAGAGGCACGGCAAAUGCGCAACAGCUAGAGCAAGAAGUCGAGGUGGAAGUCGACGAUGACGGCAACGUCAUUGAUCCGAAUGAACCGAGAUACUGCCUCUGCAACAGGGUCAGCUUCGGCACUAUGAUUCAGUGCGACAACAUCGAUGUGAGCCGCACCGAAGACGACUCGUCUCAUACUAUUACUACUACCACUACUGCAACCCCAGCACGUAACAAGAAGCGUAUCAAGACAAGCAAGAAACUAACUCCUCACGCCACACAGAACUGCAAGCAAGAGUGGUUCCACCUUGAAUGCGUGGGCCUCACCGAGAUACCGGCGCGCACGACUAAGUGGUAUUGUCCCGAAUGCCGGGUACUACUCAACAUCGGAGGACGUGGUGAAGUCACUUCGCGAGGCGUGAAGAUGUGA